AUGUUAUGGAGUCAAUGGAGAUCAAUGUAUUCCUCAAACCUGGUAAUUACAACCACACCGGAGUCGAUUAUUAGACCUAUAAGAGAAAACGAUAUUAUAGAACUUCAAAAGCCAAAUUUAAAAAUACCAAGGGACACAACCAUUAAUCUCAACACAGAAUCACAACAGCAACAGCAACUUUCGAUGAGGAACCUAAGUGCAUUACAUGUCGCUGCAAUGUAUGAUGCACUUGAUUCUUUUAUCUUUUUAGAAAGAGAGUUAAACAUAAAUCCAUUAAUACAGACACCAGAGAACCUUAAUCCAUUCCACUAUGCAUGCUAUUAUAACUCGUAUGAAAUAGCGAUGUAUUUAAUUUGCAAAUACCCUAAUGAAGCUAAAAAAAUAUAUACAAAUACAAAAUAUCAGUAUAUUUAUCUUUGCGCUAUGGGUCACGCGACCAAAAUUCUGGUUGAACUCUUUAAAAACGGCGCCACUUUUGAAAAUACUCAAAACACUGAGGCAAACCCAAUCAAUUAUGCAAUUAAAAUAAAGGAUAUUGAAAUUCUUACAAUCUUGCUCAACUAUGCUCCGCAAACAAAAUCAGACCAAGGCCAAUUAACACCUAUCAUGCAAGCAAUUGUAAAUUCACAACAAAGUGCUGUUCCUCUUCUUUUCGACCACGGUUACGACCCAACUUCUAUUACAGCAGAAGGAAGAACAGCACUUUUUAUCAAUUUAUUUACAAUCAAGAGCGUUGAACUCACGAGAUUACUAUGCAAUGCCAUGGAUAAGGUCGACAUCCCUGAGAAUAUGAAGAAAAUGGCUGCUGUUCAUUAUAUUUGCUGCUGCGGAAUACCAGAAAUUGCAAAAAUCGUUCUUUCUAAGGGAAUUAACGUAAAUAGAAUAGAUGAAAACAAUGCAGUAGGUCCAAAGCAUCUUGUUGAUAUUGCUUCUGAACAAGCCGCUUUAGAAAUUCUGAAAUUAUUAUUUGAUUAUGGAUAUGAAGUUGAUUUAAGAGCAGAUAACCAAAGCAAUACGGCCCUUGGCGAAUUCAUGCUUGGAAUUAGGACAUAUCCACAAAUUGUUGAUUUUUUGAUUUCAAGAAACGCCAAUAUUGACUUGCCAUGCUUCAAUCAGAAUGUUAAGUCUUCUAAAAAUGAAAAUACGAUCAGAGCGAAGCUUUUAAGGAAACCAGCAUACGCAAAAAUUUGUGCAAAAUAUCAUAUUAAGAAAUAA